AUGAGGGUAAAUGUGACGUUUUACAUUUAUAUAAACGAAAAUUCCAACAGUGAGGAGAUAAAACAAGCUAUUCUUGGUGCUUUUAAGCAAAAUUUCGACAUAAUAUCUAAAGGGAAAAAAAUUAAACCAGAUCAAGAAUUCAAUAAAAUUAAUGCAUCAACAGAUCCAAAAUUAUUUUUACUAUUCAGCAAAUAUAAAACAAAUAAAGCCGAUUCUAUCAUUUCUGCCCCAAAGGUAGUCAAAAGUUCUAUUCCUCAAGCUGAAAAAACAGAAUCUUCAAAUCCAGCGAAUAGCUAUAUAAGCCCUUUUAUGAUAAUAGAAAAAUCUGCUACAUCAAAAGAGGAAGACCACCAAGAAUCAGAAAAGAUAGAAGCUGAUCAAAAUUAUAAUAAAUCCCCCUCAGAGAUAGCUUCAAGUGAGGGCAAUCAAGAAUUAAAAAUUGCUGAAAUUGAGAAAGGAGACCUAAACCAAUCAAGAGACCCAUUAUUUCCAGGCAGUGAUCUUACGAUAAAACAAGUUGCUGAUAAUUGGUUUAGCAUGAUGGCAAGUGAUGAAGCAAACAUAGCAACUAUUUUGCAAAUUGGAAAAGAUCCUAACUACUAUGACGAAUUUGCUAAGCAAGUUCUGCUCCAGAACCCAGAUUCAGAAUUUUUUUUUAAAAUUUGCAAAUCUGACAUCAUAAAAUUGUGCCAAGAAUGGAUAGUUAAGUCUUAA